CGUUACACAGCGGACAUCAAUAUGUGGUGCACACGACUUAUGCAUGGCGUCCUUCAACUAUAAGUGCUUCUAGCUAGAAAUUACUUUGUUUUUCUUUACUGUUAUACAGUAAAGUAUGUAUUUUUAGCUGUUUUCUCUAUUAAUUGUAUUAAUACUCGGAACAAUGGCGACAAGGACCGCGUGCCAAGUUUUCAGGAGACGGUUCUCAUCCGCUGCAGCGGCUCUGCGUCCGUCACCCGCAGAGAUACGCAGUCGCCGUAACGCCGUGUUCUCUAGAGAGCAGGAAAGGCAGAGAGCUCUGUACCCCCGCAUCGAGAAGAUCGAGGUGUCCCUGAGGGGGCCUGGCCUGGACGGCACACUACUGAUCAUGAACAAAGGCAUGUCCACUCCACUGAGCUGCGCCAGACAUCUGACUGAGUAUCAUGUGGACAACUCGGCACUGGCGCUUGUGGAUGGAGAGCUGUGGCCCCUCCACCAGCCCCUCACCGACUCCUGCACCCUCACUCUGCUCACGUUCAACGACAGCGAACCGACUCUCCUCAACGAGGCUUACUGGCGUUCCUGCUCUGCCCUGCUUGGACAGGUCCUGGAGACGGCGUUUAAGGAUGAUUACACCGUGGAGCUGCUCAACACACCGGAGAUCCCAGUGACUUCAGGGGCGUUCUGCUGUGACGUCGUCCUCGACCCUCAGCUGGACUCCUGGACUCCAUCGCCGGAGUCUCUGCGUUCUCUGACCCGCGGGGCCCAGCAGCUGAUCCAUCACAACCUGGCUUGGGAGCCUCUGGAGGUGGCGCCCUCUGUGGCGCUGGAGGUUUUCUCACAUAGCAGGUGUAAACAGGAGGAAGUAGAACAGAAAGCAUCAGACAGUCCUAAAGGCACAGUCAUGCUCUAUAGAUGUGGUGAUCAUGUGCUGCUGAGUGGGGGCCCUCUAGUGGCCAGAACAGGCCUGUGCUCCCAGUAUGAGGUGACAGCUAUGCACAGCCUGGGUCAGGGUCCCUGGGGUCACCACCGCAGAACGCAGGGCCUCUCUCUGCCUCUGCAGCUACAGGCUCAUCACACGAUCUGGAGGAGACUGAGGCAGCGGGCAGAGAAGCUGGUAGAACCAGAAGAGAAACAAGAAUCGACUCCACCCCCCCUCUCCUGACUCGGCUCAGCCUCCAACCAGCCAGUGAUCGCCUUCCACCCCAUUCUGACCCUCAACCAUCUAUCAUUUGUUCAAUAAAUGCUCAACAUUAGCCACAAAUCGGCUUCAUUUUUGUGAUCCUUGCAGCUGUAAACAAAUGAGCCAAAAUAAAGUAACGUGUCUGCUUUUUGCAACAAA